GAGACAGAUAACAGCUUUAGAGCACAAGCGUCAUCUUUGUGAUUUAUUCGUGCCAAGGAGCGAAAGAUCCACGAGUGCGCACUUUUUUACGCGCAUUGAAAUCUUUCACGGAGGACGUUUUUCUUUAAAAAUAAAAAUCUAAAUAUUUUUCCAAUUAACCGGCUGAGGAGAAGAGAACAGAAGCCAUGGAUGUGGUGUGUCUGAUGUGUUUGGCGUUGACCGUCGGUGCGUGGUUUGCCUCCGCGGAGCGGCACAGCGUCUAUUGGAACAGCUCAAACCCAAACUUUGUGUGGGAUGACUACACGGUGGAGGUACGCAUCAAUGACUACCUGGACAUCAUCUGCCCCCACUACGCUCCCGAGGAGGUACCAUCGCAUUCAGCAGAGCGCUACGUCCUGUACAUGGUGGAGAAGGAGGACUAUGACGUGUGCAAGCCUCACUCGUUCGAUCAGCUCCGCUGGGAGUGCUCCAGGCCCUUCGCUCCCCAUGCUCCGGAAAAAUUUUCAGAGAAGUUCCAGCGCUUCACGCCCUUCACACUGGGAAAAGAGUUCAGGGCGGGGGAGAGCUACUACUACAUCUCCAAGCCAAUGCAUCACCACGGCAGCGACUGUCUGAGGCUGAGAGUCGAUGUCGUCGGACAUAAAGGCUCUGCGAAGUCUCACAGAGACAAAUCCAAGGCAGAGGAGAGCGAAAAGGAGGAGGAAAAAGUUACAUUCAUUGUUGCUGGAGGAGUUCACAACCCUUCCAACCGACUCCCAGCAGAUGACCCCGCUGUCAUGGAGCCAAACGUCCAGAGGAGCAUCGGCAGCUCUGCAGCACAGCUGGUGUCUUUGUCGUUCCUUUUCACCGUGACCCCCGUCUUAUUAGCCAUGGCUCUGCACUGAGGCCCACCGCUAAUCCAAAAACAGACAUUUUCAACCCGAUGCAGGAUGUCGGGACAUAAACACUGAAAUUUUUUUAUACAUAUCUGUAUGUGAGGUGUUUUUUUUUUAUAUACGAGCAUGGACAGUAUGUGUUGUUCAGUGUGUGUUUGAUGUGUUUGUUUGCGUGAAUGUGGAGCGUAGAUCGCUCCAAAGGAGAAAAAGACCUGGAAGAUUUUUUUUUUUCAUCUUUAACUUUUUUUCUUUAGUCUUGAGGAUGAAAAUUCUCGAUUUUGACUAUUUAAGAUGCACACACUUUUCAGUAAUCAUGAACAAAAGCUACAAGCAGAAUGAUCAAAAUACGAGUUUAAAACCGCAUCAACCUUUGUGAUCAUGUGUUUUCAGAUGUUCAUGCCAUUGGUACAGCUGUGCAUUUUCUUACCCUAUUCUGUCGUUUUUUUCCUCCUCUACAUGUAGAGAAAUUAUUUUUAUUUUUUAUUUGUUUGUGAUAUUGUUGUCAGCAGCUACCAAAGUGGUAACUAUAAUGUAGGAUAUGUGUAAUGUUGUGUAGCACUCAGCUCCUUACUCAGCUUCAGUCAUCUAAAUAUCCCACAUGUUUCCAUGUUUAUCAAAGAAAAUGGUUGUCAGGUCAAAAUGGAGGAAAUUCACAUUAUUAUAAUUUGAAAAUAAUAUUUUUUACAUGGGAAAUAUUUUUUGUUAAUAUUUCCCAUAUAAAGAUAUUGCAACCUUUACAAUCCAAAGAGCAAAUAGUUCACUAAAAUCUACCUUCAAAGACCGGGUUGCUAAAUUACUACUGCAUACGAAAGCUUAAUAAUUAACAAACACAAAAUUAUUUCUACAUUUGUUUUUGUUUAUCUAAAUCUGUCAGAAACUACCAGAAUUUUUCAAAUGGCUGUUUCUUAACUCCCACUUCCUUAUGUAUCAGCGUAAUUUCUCACCAGGACGAGAAUUACUAAUAAAGGGAACAACAUUUAUUUGAAAAUUUGUUUUGACUCUGGUUUUAGGAGCUGAGCUUCAUCAGUACUUCAUCUCAUUUGUUCAUUCAUCCAAUCUUGACCUUACCUGGUACACUGGUUAGUGUUUUAAUCCUGCUCAUCAAACCUCAACGUGAAGGGGCUUCCCAGAAUAAGGUUGUUUUCCUGUUAAAAACACGCUUGACUCAGUUUUGUUGAUGUUUAUAUGUAAAAUUGUACAUAAAGAAAGUUAUGAAAAACUGUUUUAAGAUGUGAAAAAUCUUUUGUGAAAUAAAAAAAAAACAAAUGAACAUGCAA